AUUUUGCAUAAAGUAACAAAAUGUCAGAGUCAAAUGUUCAGAGAAGAACUCACAGAAGUGGAAACCGAAUGCCAAGGAGUCGAAGUUGGACAGGGUCUGUGGAACACGUUGUACGACUGCCGUCUAGACGCCGCGGAAGCUUACAACCGGAUCACUUGCAAUCAGCCUCUUCACUGUAUAGUCCCUCCGCCAUUGUAAAUCGUAGAAAUGUUCACAAAAGUUCUCCAAAUGUUAUGAUGGCUAGCGAACGUGGAAGACGAAAUGGGCCGAUGAAAAUCCGUUUAACAGUACUAUGUGGGAAGAACUUAGCCAAGAAAGAUUUUUUCCGUCUCCCAGAUCCCUUUGCCAAGAUUAGUGUGGAUGGUUCAGGUCAGAGUCACUCUACAGAUACGUGUAAGAACACACUAGACCCCAAGUGGAACCAGCAUUAUGACUUGUAUGUUGGAAGUAAGGACUCUAUCACAAUUAGUGUGUGGAAUCAUAAGAAAGUCCACAAGAAGGUUGGAGCAGGAUUCCUGGGAUGUGUCAGGAUUAUGUCUAAUGCUGUCCAGAGACUCAAAGAUACUGGAUUUCAGCGCCUAGAUUUACAGAAGAACUCCAGUGAUGGGGACGGUGACGCUGUUAGAGGUCAAAUUGUUAUAAGCCUCAUCUCCCGGGAUAGAGGGGGCUCUGGUCCUCAGGUGACGGAAGUAGCAGCAAGUAACAACAUCAAUAACAGAGAUGUUGCGGAACUUCCUGAGGGGUGGGAGGAACGUAGAACGGCUACAGGAAGGGUACACUAUGUCAAUCAUGUCACUAGGACCACCCAAUGGGAACGGCCUACCAGGCCUGCCAUAGAAUAUGCCAAUGCCAGCAAUGCAGCUAAUCGAAAUAGCACUUCAAAUAACUCCUCAUCAAAUAACAGCAGUACAACAGCUACAAUAACAGAUGUUGCUACAUCUACUACAAGUACAACAACUGCUACCACCAAUUCCAAUAGUAAUAAUGAGGGUAGCACUAGUGGGUCAAGGUCAAAUUUAGCUAGACAAGGUCGAAGGUCAACCAGGCAUCGACAUUACAUGAAUAGGGCCCAGCUUCACAAUGUGUCCACUGAGCUACCUGCAGGUUAUGAACAAAGAACAACCCAGCAAGGGCAGGUGUAUUUCCUACAGACCAGCACAGGUGUCAGUACAUGGCACGACCCACGUGUACCAAGGGAUGUUAACAUUAAUGUUGAGACCCUGGGUCCACUCCCAGCAGGUUGGGAAAUUAGACAUACUGCCAAUGGACGUGUCUACUAUGUAGAUCACAACAAUAGGACCACUCAGUUUACUGACCCCAGGCUCUCCCUCAAUGUUAACACAGUUCGAGAGAUGCAUGCAAAUAACAGAAGGUCUGGUGUGCCUAAUGCAGCUAGGGAACGAGAGCGUAACUUGCCGCCCCUACCUCCACCCCCACAGCACCCUCCCCAGGGGGGUGAUGAUGACAUGCCUCUUCCUAAAUAUAAAAGAGACUUAGUUCAAAAAAUGAAAACAUUAAAAUCUGAGCUUCAACAGUUGCAACCUCAGACUGGUCACUGUAGGAUAGAGGUGUCGAGGGAAGACAUCUUUGAGGAGUCUUAUCGACAAGUCAUGAAGAUGCGGCCAAAAGACUUAAGAAAACGUUUGAUGGUGAAGUUCAAAGGAGAAGAGGGCUUAGAUUAUGGUGGAGUGGCAAGAGAGUGGCUGUAUUUAUUAUCGCAUGAAAUGCUCAAUCCUUACUACGGGCUGUUCCAAUACUCUAGGGACGACAUCUAUACACUACAGAUCAACCCAGACUCUGGCGUCAAUCCAGAGCAUUUAUCCUACUUCCAUUUUGUUGGUCGAGUGAUGGGCCUAGCAAUAUUUCACAGCCAUUACCUAGAUGGUGGGUUCACUCUUCCAUUCUAUAAACAGAUGCUUGGCAAGUCAAUCACACUGGAUGAUAUGGAAACAGUUGAUCCUGAACUAUACAGGAGCUUCACCUGGAUGAUAGAAAAUGACAUCACGGAUGUCUUACAUAACACAUUUUCCGUGGAGCAUGAGGCUUUUGGUGAAAUCCAGACCCACGAGCUAAAGCCUGGGGGUGGGGAGAUUGAAGUCAGUGAAGAAAAUAAAAAAGAAUAUAUAAAAUUUUAUGUAAAUUGGAGAUUUCUACGUGGAAUAGAAGCCCAAUUUCUUGCCCUCCAGAAAGGUUUUAGUGAAUUAGUCCCUCAGCAUUUCCUUAAACCUUUUGAUGAAAAAGAAUUUGAGCUUAUGCUAACUGGGUUGGGUAAUAUAGAUCUAGCAGAUUGGAAGUCUCACACAAGGUUAAAACACUGUACUCCAGAGAGUAAUAUAGUGAAGUGGUUCUGGGAAGCAGCCGAAAGUUUUGACCAAGAGAGACGCGCUCGUUUACUGCAGUUUGUUACUGGCAGUUCACGAGUCCCGCUACAGGGGUUCAAGGCCUUACAAGGUUCUACUGGAGCUGCUGGUCCUAGAUUAUUCACUCUACACCAGAUAGAGGCAAGCACAGACAAUCUUCCCAAGGCCCAUACAUGCUUCAACAGGAUAGAUAUACCAAAUUAUGAGACCUAUGAAAAAAUGCUAGACAAGUUAACAUGUGCAGUAGAAGAGACAUGUGGGUUUGCUGUGGAAUAAUAGUGCCAUUUCAGUAGUUAUAUGCAAGCUAUGCUGAUGCAAUACCAGCUAAAUACACACUUAGCUCACAGCUGAUUGGUGGAUUUGAGUCACCUGACCCUCACCAGGACUCAAGGGAAUGGACCUCCUGUGCAACAUCAAGAUGCAUAGUGGUCAGGACAUAGACCUACUUCAUCAAUUAGACUACUAAUAUCUCAACUCUACACUGGGAGUAUAUGUAUAAACUAUUUCCAUUUAUACAAACUUGGUAUACUCACUCUAGCAGCAGAAUGUAGAGGCGAGCAUUUUAAGGAAGUCCAAUGUAGGAUGAUAACCAUUAUCUUAUAGUGUGUAUGGAACUGAGUUAUUUAAUCUGAAGAAUGGUGCUAUUGUAGCAUCUAGAACUCUCUUAGUACAUGUAGUGAUUCUGAUUAUAAAGGACACAGUAUUAAACAGUCUGGGCCACAGCCUUAAGAAAUGGCUCACAUGAAUUUGAAUUUGCAACAUGUACAGGAUUUAACGGGUGAAUUGUGCCUCGUGGACUAGUAUGUGUUUGAUGCUUUUUCAGCAUAACUAAUUGAGGCUUUGAUGCUGUGGGCACACAUAGAUAAAUAAAUAGCCUGCUUUAAUGAAAGCAUUAUUGGAC